AUGGAAGGAUAUCAGGAGCAGUUAUUAGAACUUACUUACUUGAAAGAUCGCAUGCUUGUGGAUAAAAUCAAUGUUUCAAUUAGCCAGGACUCGAACUCAAAAUCAUUAAUUGGAGUUCUUGAUAUAUAUGGUUUUGAAAGUUUUAAGUGUAAUAGUUUUGAGCAGUUCUGCAUUAAUUUCACAAAUGAGAAGCUGCAACAGCAUUUUAACCAGCAUGUCUUCAAAAUGGAACAGGAAGAGUACACAAAAGAGGAAAUCAAUUGGAGCUACAUAGAGUUUGUUGAUAACCAAGAUGUGCUGGAUCUGAUUGAGAAGGUUUUUUGUCUGCUGCCUAAUGCAAUCCUUUAUAUUCAUUCAUGAAGAACUAGUGCUUAUUUUGGUUGCCACAUGAUCAAUUCUAUUGAGAAUGCACAUAAAUGAUCAUAAAUAUUGCAAAAUAGUUAAUUACUGUUAGUUUGAGAGUUGUAUAAAUGACUAAAGUCUACUAAAUAAUUUGGAAAUGUUUUAAUAUAAAAACUGAUCAGAAACUUGCAACAAACAUGCACUCAUAAAACUCAUAUGUAGAUGCUUGUACACAAAUCUAUAGAUUGGCAUGCAAAUGGGAGAUUUUAUUUCUUAACAGUAAAAGUAUUUAUGAAUCACUUAAUUAAUGAGGCAACUUUGGUCAUAGCAUCAAACUGCAGUUGGUAGGAUUUUCUAGCCAACCAUGCAUGAACAUGAAUUGCAGGGUGAUGCAUAACAUUGAACCG